AUGGACAAAUUUUUACCAACCCUGAAUAGAUUGGAAAAAGUUCAAAUUAGUGCAGCAAAAAUUAUUACAGGUUUGAGGCGUAGCUGUCCAGAUAAAAUUGUUCUGUUUGAAUCUGACCUCCAACCGUUAUACAUGAGAAGGAACUCCAGUCUCAAGAAAUACUACAAUAAGCUCAUCAGUUUUGGUGACCAGAACAGAACCUCUUACUAUCUCAAAAAUUGGAAAAAUAACCAUAGACUGAAGAGAAACAGUCCCUUCUCUUUGGCUGUUUCAAUUCACCUUGUAGACUUGCAAUAUCCCUGCCGAAUUGAACCUCAUUCCUUGAGGUCAUGUUUUAGCCCUGUUACUGAUUUUUCUGGUAUCCAUUUCCAUACGGAGCUGUUGUACCCGGCCCAUAAAAGUAAAGACAACCCAGAAUUUAUGAGACAAAUGGCUCUUGAAACUAUUAGCCAAAUACCAUCAGAUGCUUUACAACUAUACACAGAUGGCAGCAAGAGCGACGAAGGUCAUUCAGGUAGUGGGGUUUUUAUUAAAACACCCACGUACACAUUGAGUCUCAAAUUUAGAAAUUCUGAAUUUUGCUCGGUUUUCAGAUCUGAGCUUAUUGCGAUUGAAAAUGGCCUAAGACAUGUUGAGAAUAUUGCUGAGCCUGACUUUAAGCAUAUAUGGAUACUGACGGAUAGCAAAUCUUCAAUCCAACACCUUAGCAACUGGAUGAAUGUUGGAGACAGGGCUGCGGCUUCAAUUUUGGGGAUGCUCUUCAGGCUCUCAGCGGACUUUGGGGUACACUUCCAAUGGAUUCCAUCACACGUUGGAAUCAAAGGUAACGAGAUGGCGGACUCACUGGCUAAAGAUGCUUCUUUAGAACCUUUACAGCCAGAUUUACCUUCCACUUUCAAUGAGGUCUUUGCAGAGUGCAAAAAAAUGCUUAUGGACCUUUGGAGGCUUCCUCCUCCGCAUAAUUGGUAUUUCAGAAAACGACCUGGAAGUGCCUUGCUUUUUGGGGGAUCUAGAAGCCAGCAGACAUGCUUAUCUCGCUUUGCAAGUGGUCAUUUGAGGUGUCUCUCGUAUGAUCAGGGGCAAAAGACUUUUGGACUUUGCACUAAAUGUAAGACUGCUCAGGCUUCGCCCGAGCAUAUUCUAAACUGCAUCGAUUUUAAGAUCGACGAGGUUUUUUCAAAACCUCAUCUGUUUUUAGACUUUCUGGACAUUUUUGGACUUAUGGAAUUGGUCUAA